AAACUUUCCGCGGGGCUUUCUCCUCAGUCUGAACUCGUUAAGUCGUUUAGUCUGGCCGGCCUGCGAAAACCCGAAGCGUCGGUCUCCUCCACACAUGUCUUCUCGCUCCUGCUAGAAAAAAAAAACAAAACAACAAACCAGCCGCCGGAGAACAGAGCACCGGGGAGCCGCCGAGCACCAGGACGGUCAUGGAUCUACCCGGAGAGAGCGAGAGCCGGCGCAGGGAAGGCAGGAGGACCCCCGCGGUGACUAACAGGAGAAACCGACCGGCGGACACGAUGUACGCCGUCGGUAUUAUCUGCCUCCAAGUUCUGGCCAUCCACGCUGCUACCAUCCAGUUCACCAAGGAGCCCAAGUCCCAGGAUGCCUUGCAUGGCCGCAGCGCCAUGCUACGCUGCGAGGUCAGCGAUCCGGCUGACAUCACAUACGGCUGGCACCACAACGGCCAGCCCUUGCAAAACAGCGAGAGGCGCUUCAUGGAGGGCAGCAACCUCAAGUUCACCGCUGUGGAUCGCCGGCUGGACGCAGGGAGCUUCGAGUGCAUCGCACAGAAUGAGGCCACGGGAGAGCUGCUCCACUCCACCAAUGCCUCCUUCAAUAUCAAGUGGUUAGAAAGUGGUGGUGUGACAUUGAAGGAGCCCGCCUCAGAAGGGGAGAUUGAGAGCUCUGCGCCAGUGACGUUGCGCUGUCACAUUGAUGGACACCCACGGCCGACGUGCCAGUGGUUCAAGGACGGGGUGAAGCUGACAGAGAAGAGCCAUCAGAUCAACAACAAAGAGAGGACGCUCACCUUUAAGAGUGCUAGCCCGGACGACAACGGCCUGUACUACUGCUGUGCCAAGAAUGCAGCCGGGCACGUCUGCAGCAACAGCAACUUCACUCUCAACAUAAUAGAUAAGAGUUUUCCACGGCCGGUGGUCACUCCACAGGACCAGGUGGUGUUGAGGAACGAGGAGGCGGUACUCCAUUGCCAGUUUACCGCCGUGCCGGAACCCACGUUGGAGUGGUACCACGAAAAUGAGCUGCUGUCAAACAAGUCUCGUCUGUUCCUGUUCCCCAACGGCACACUGCAGAUCACCCAGGUCAAGCUCAGGAGCACGGGGACCUACAAGUGUGUGGGCCGUGGCCUCAGUGGGUCCCAUGUUACACUGGAAGCCUCCCUCCUCAUAGCAGAGAUAGAGGAAAUGUCGCCUAAGAUGUCGAAGGUUUUCACAGCGGACACCCUGCAGCGGGUACCCUGUCGUCCCCCGCGCGGCAAACCUGAGCCCGAGGUCUGGUGGGAGAGAGAAGGUCAGCGGAUGCCCACAGAGGGCAGAGUUUACCAGGAUGGCCUGGAUCUGGUCUUCAGUCCCACAGAGGAGGGAGAUUCAGGCGCCUUCACCUGCGUGGCCCAGAACAAGGCAGGACGUAGGACGCAGGAAGUCACCUUCAUCGUGGCCACUGCCCCAGUGUGGGUGACGAGGCCUCAGGACAGCCAGUUAGAGGAAGGUAAACCAGGUUACCUUCACUGUCACGCUCAGGCCAACCCUGAACCUGAGGUCACAUGGCUCCGCAACAACAUCAGAAUCACACAGGAGGACUCUCGUUUUAAGCUGUUCCGUAACGGCACCCUCAGGAUCAACAAUGUGGAGGUGUACGACGGACAGAUGUAUGGCUGUGAAACUAAGACUGUAGGCGGCCGACUGUCUGGACAAGCUAGAGUUAUUGUGCUCGAGAAGCUGAAGUUCACCCCGACCCCCCAGCCUUCUCAGUGCCUGGAGCUGGAUAAUGAGAUCAUCAUCCAGUGCUCCGCUAAAGGCAGAGAGCCCCCCACCAUCCACUGGACCAAAGCAGACGGAGGAGAGCUGCCACCUCGCAUAGAGCAGAGGAACGGCCAUCUCCACUUCACCAAAGUCACCCGCAGCGACGCCGGCAACUACACGUGCAUCGCCUCCAACAGCCUCCAGGGGGAGAUUAGAGCCCUGGUGACCCUCACUGUGGCCGUGUACAUUCGCUUUAAGGUGGAGCCAGAGAAUACGACGGUGUACCAGGGUCACACAGCCAUCCUGCACUGUCAGGCCACCGGUGACCCCGAGCCCCACAUCCACUGGAUGGUCAAAGACAAGACUCUGGACAUCAGUAAGAACAGAAGGUUCCAGAAGCUCCCCAAUGGCUCCUUGGUGAUUACAGAUGUCACUACAGACGACACUGGCAGAUACACAUGCGUGGCUGGAAACAGCUGCAGUAUUAAAGACCGUGUGGCUCAGCUGUAUGUAGUGGACAAACCAGUGCACUCUAUCGAUGAAGAUGGGGACAGGGCUCCUUACAAGAUGAUCCAAACCAUCGGUCUGUCAGUGGGAGCAGCUGUGGCGUACAUCAUUGUAGUGCUGGGACUCAUGUUCUACUGCAAAAAGAGACGCAACGCAAAACGACUGCAGAAAGGCCAGGAUGGAGAGGAGCCUGAGAUGGAGUGUCUCAAUGGUGGAGCCGUUCAACAAAAUGGCCACACCACCACUGAGAUCCAGGAAGAGGUGGCACUCACCAACAUGGGUACCAUGGCAACAACCGAGAAACGCCACAGCCACGUCAACAAUGACAAGCUCCACUUCCCUCGGGCAAACCUGCAAACCAUCACUACUUUAGGUAAAGGGGAGUUCGGUGAGGUGCUGCUAUGCAAAGCUAAGGGUAUCGAGGAGAGCGAGGAGGAGACGGUGGUGUUGGUGAAGAGCCUGCAGACCCGAGAUGAGCAGCUCCAGCUCGACUUCCGCCGCGAAGCUGAAAUGUUCGCCAAGCUCAGCCACCCCAACGUGGUCCGCCUGUUGGGCCUGUGUAGGGAGGCAGAGCCGCACUACAUGAUCCUGGAGUACUAUGACCUGGGGGACCUAAAGCAGUUCCUGAGAAUUUCCAAAAGCAAAGAUGACAAGGUCAAAUCUCAGCCUAUCAGCACCAAGACCAAAGUUUCCAUCUGUGCCCAGGUGGCUCAUGGGAUGGAGCAUCUGUCCAAUCACCGUUUCGUUCACAAAGACCUAGCUGCCCGAAACUGCCUGAUCAACAGUCAGAGGCGCGUGAAAGUGUCAUCGCUCAGCCUCAGCAAGGACGUCUACAACAGUGAGUACUACCACUACAGACAGGCAUGGAUCCCACUGCGCUGGCUCCCAUCAGAGUCCGUGUUUGAGGACGACUUCUCCACCAAGUCUGACGUGUGGGCCUUCGGAGUAUUGAUGUGGGAAGUGUUCAGUCACGGGGAAUUGCCAUAUACCAAGCUCAGCGAUGAUGAGACGCUGGAAGGUCUGCAGACAGGGAAGCUGAAGCUGCCCGUUCCAGAGGGAUGCCCCUCCAAAAUCUACAAGCUUAUGGCCCGCUGCUGGGCGCUAAGCCUCAAGGAGCGCCCCUCCUUCACGGAAAUUGUGCACGCCCUGGGAGAGGUGCCCUCUGACAGCAAAGUCUGAGACGACCCUAACCCCACAUCAGAGGGGAACUUUGACCAACCCCCUUCCUCCAAAAUAAAGACAGGAAUGCUGGAUUAUUAGUCUCACACAUUUCAGGGAAGAGGGUUGAGGAGAAAACACUACACUAAACUAAACACUUUAUAUGCAUUUCAAACAGUGGGUGUGUGGAUAAGACUUUGCUAUAUCAGUGGAAACGCACUCACGUUUGUGUAAAAGGCUUCAUUGUGAGCAGUGCCAGGAGUUUACGUUUGCCUUAACCGCAGCAUGGAUGACCCUCCCGAUGAGUCCCAGUCUGUGGUUCCACUGUGACCCUGCCUGCCUGUCUGCGGCCGCUCUGUCCCAGAGACACUUUGAAUCACGGAGCCUCACGACCUCAGUGCCUCUACCCCUCCAUACACACAC